UAAGAUCAAGGCGAGGUUUUCAUUUAGAAAGAGAGAGAAAAUAACAGACGGUGUAUGAAGAAGAAAGAAGGCACAAUACAGAGAAUAAUAGAGUUUGGUAAGAUUGGUUUUAUGACGAUUUGAUCGAAGGAGAGUGUAAUGCAUUAAAACCCACCGUUUAUAUUAUAUUACCAUUUCCUCAACCACAGUUUCAUACACAACAUUUACAUUCUUUCUCUCGUCGCACUAGUAGUAACCACCGUUUUGGGAACGAACAAAACAACCGUUAUUUUAAAACCGCUCCUUAACAGAAGAAACAGAGAGAGUUUCUUCAACAACCUCCACACACACACAGCUAAUAUGGAGUGGUCAGCUUGUACGGAUGAGUACGAGAAGCUUGUUUUUCGCAUGAGCACUCCCAGGGUCGUCAUUGACAAUGCGGUUUGUUCCAAUUCAACCAUAGUGAAGUUUGAUAGUGCCAGAAAGCAUGGGAUUCUUUUGGAAGCUGUACAAAUUCUUAGCGAUCUAAACCUUUUCAUUAAGAAAGCAUAUGUUUCGUCCGAUGGUAGAUGGUUCAUGGAUGUUUUUCAUGUUACGGAUCAAAAUGGAAACAAGUUAACCGAUGAGAGCGUUUUAAAGUAUAUCGAACAGUCACUCAGUAGUAUUCACAAUGGAAAAACCAAUCACAGAAAUGGUCUCACUGCCUUGGAAUUGAAGGGCACCGACCGUGUUGGUCUUCUUUCUGAGGUGUUUGCUGUAUUGGCCGAGUUACAAUGUGAUGUGGUGGAGGCUAAAGUUUGGACUCACAAUGGCCGAAUUGCCUCCUUAAUUUAUGUUAAAGACUGCAACACUGGAACCUCUAUUGAGGAUUAUCAGAAAAUUAAUAGGCUCGAAGCGCGCUUAAGAUAUGUUCUACAGGGAGAUAGCGAUGUUAGGAGUGCAACAACAUCUCUCUCUGAUGUUGUUAUACAUCCUGAAAGAAGGCUCCAUCAGAUGAUGUUUGCAGAUCGUGACUAUCAGAAGAAUCCUAUUUUCGAGUUUACUUCUGAAACACCGUUGGUGACUGUCCAAAAUUGGGCAGAAAGGGGCUAUUCGGUUGUUAAUGUUCAGUGCAAGGAUAGAGUUAAGUUAUUGUUUGAUGUUGUGUGCAAUUUGACAGACAUGGAAUAUGUUGUGUUCCAUGCAACUAUCAACACAAGGAUUGACCAAGCAUAUCUGGAAUUUUACAUAAGACAUAAGGACGGCACUCCAAUUAGUUCAGAACCGGAGCGUCAACGUGUGAUUCAAUGCUUACAAGCAGCAGUGGAGAGAAGAUCAUGUGAGGGUGUUAGGCUAGAGUUAUCCACCGAAGACAGGCAAGGUCUUCUAGCCGAGGUAAUGAGAACAUUCCGAGAAAACGGGUUAAAUGUAACUAGGGCCGACAUAACCACCACAGGCGACUUGGCUGCAAAUACUUUCUAUGUAACAGAUGCUAUUGGAUACACAGCCGACCAAAAAAUCAUCGAAUCUGUUCGACAAAAAAUCGGGCUAACCAAUUUAAAAGUGAAGGAGUUGCCUUUCGUAAGUCACGAGAAGGCAGAUAGGGAAGACCAAUCUGUCGGAGUUGGCGGGGCAGUGUUAUUGUCUCUUGGUAGCCUUGUGAGAAGGAAUCUAUACAAUUUGGGUUUGAUCAAAUCUUUUUCUUAAAGCAGAAAGAUAAGGGCAUGAAGGAAUUUUUUGAGUGUGGAAAAUAUUCACAACUUUUUAUAGCAUUAUAUUCCUUGCUUCAAGUUUGAGUUUUGUGUACAUAUAAAAAGUAAAAAGGGUGAUAAAUUGUUUUUUUACUUCACUUGGUCGGGUUGGAUUCAUUUGGUAUGUGAAAAAUGAAAAGUGACCUUAUUAUACAGCUGGAGGAAUGGACCACUUCUAUUUUAAAUGAUUUGCUUGAAGAAAUGGAGGAUUUAUGCAAUCCAUGUUAGGUUUGUGAAAAGGUGAAAUAUAGAAUUUGAUUCUUUGGUGGCAUAGAAAGGAAGAUUAGGUAGUGAGAGGGAGGAAAAGAUUGGAUUGGUUUCAUACAUCACUUUGUACAUAACGACGUUUCAAAGUAUUAUUAGUAUUAAUUUAAGUCGUUGACUCUAUUCUUUAA